AUGGCGCUCAACGCCUACCUAAACAAAAAAGUAUCCGUCCUCACAAUCGACGGCCGUACCAUGGUCGGGACCCUCCUUUCCUGUGACGGCAGCAUGAAUCUCGUCCUCCAAGACGCCAUCGAACGCAUCAUCCGGCCGCGUGAGGAAGAAGUUCCGAGCGAGGAAGUACCCUUGGGCCUUUACAUCAUAAGAGGGGAUAGCGUGGCGGUGUGCGGAAGGGUAGAUGAGGAGCUGGAUAAGAGUAUCAAUUGGACGGAAGUGCGGGGUGAGGUUCUGGGGACGACGAAGCAUGUGUAG